AUGAAUUCUAAUUUUUUGAAAUAGAUUGAAGAAGAAAAUAGGAUUUUGGAAUAGGAAUUGUAGAAUCUCUUAAAUUAAAAGAGACAAAGAGUAGAGAAAGAACUUGAAGAUCCUGAUGAGGAUAAUAAUCCAAAUUUUAGAAGUGAAAAAGGGGAUCUAAGUAAAAUAGAUGAAGAAACAGAUGAAGAAUAACCCAAUCGCAUUGAGCCACAUAGAUUGAUGGAGUCUCCAUAAAAGCCAGAAUCGGUAAUAGAUAACAUUUAAGAUUCCAUAAACAAUUAUUUGGAGAAAAAUAGUAGUAGUAUUGUCGAUAUUUAAAGUAAUAGGCAAUCAUAAAAAAAUGUAGACUAAAAAAAUAAAUAAAUUAACUCUUUGGAAAUGCGUCUAUUGGGUACAAGAGAAGCAUUGAAAUGUUUAGAAAAAGAAGUGAAAGAUAAAAAUGUCAUUAUAUAAAAUUUGGAGAUUGAUUUGGCUAAAAAGUAAAAGUAAAUUGAUUCUCUCCAAAAAACUACUCAUAAAUCAAAUACUCCUCCAAAUAAAGAAGUUUAUAAUGAGGGGUUUUAGGAAAUCAAGAAAUAAUGUAAGGAAUGGGAGAGAAGAUAUAUUGAAUGCAAUAGCUAAUUAAAAGAGAAUCAGAAGUAUGCAUCAAAAUUAUAAGAAUUAAAUCAGCAAUUAUUAUAUAAGUUAAAAUAAUUUGAAUCUGAUAAGGAAUUCUCAAAGACCGAAUUGGAUUAAUAGAAGAAUAUAAACAAUGAAAUGAGUGAGACAAAUACAAAUAUUUUGAUUAAAUAUGAGUAGAUUAUAAAGCUUAAGGAUAAGUACAUAUUAUUGGAGGAUAAGUAUGAUGAAUUAAAGCAGAAUAGUGAACAAUUUCUAUUAAGUUCUCGUGACUUAAAAUAUCAAUAUGAGCACAUGCUUAAUACUCUACAAUCGAUUGCAAAUAGUUAUUGA